CAGGAUUUCUAUACGAUGAGAUCUCAGGUGACAGUUUCUGGAAAGCUGAGUCAACGGUCAGCUUUAGCCUGCAGCACAUGUCGUAUCAAGCGGGUCAAGUGUGACUGCCAACAUCCUUCUUGCUCAACGUGUAAUACAGCCGGCGAGAUCUGUGAAUACACAGCUCAGGACAGUAAUAGAAAGCCUCCAAGCAAAUGUUAUGUCGAGGCGCUCCAGGAGAGGAUUAGGACAUUGGAAGCCCAACUCGAACGGUUCCAAAGCGACGCUGGAUCUCAGGAUAGAGCCCCGUUGAACUCUAUUGAAGACACUUGCAGUAAUUCAGAGGGUGAUUCUAUUCCUGACGAUUCAAUCUCCUACAGAUCUCCGAUCAGGGAUACAAGCGACCGACUUGGAGCCCUCAACAUCGGCGAGGAUGGCCAGAUCCACUACUUCGGUUCCAGGAGUAACUUUUCGCUCUUGAAAAACAGUCCUGUAGCAAGUUCAACAGUGUCAUCGCAUGACCUACAGAAACAGGCUGCAGAUACACUAGACCAAUUGAAUCUUCUCGUUGAAGUAUCCGAUGAGUUACAAAAUCAUCUCUUGGACCUCUUUUGGAGGUGGCAGAAUACAUGGCAGUACCUUGUCGUCAAGGAACUGUUCCUCGAGGAUCUGCACAUCAAUCACUCCGGCCGAUAUGCUUUACCUCUGUUGCUUUCCGCUGUCUUGGCGCUUGCUGCUCGAUAUUCGGAUCGUGUUGAACUGCGCACAGAUCCUCUUGACCAGAAUACGGCUAGAAAUGCAUUGGCCGAACAGGCCAAGACGAUACUGUUUUACGAGAGCCAGGUGCCUAAAGUAACGACAGUCCAGGCAACAGCACUACUUGGAUUGCGAGAGAUAGCUACUGAUAAAGAGGCUCUUGGGUGGAUGUAUUGCGGCAUUGCAGCGAGAAUGGCCUUCAAUCUUGGACUUCAUCUUGACCGUAGCCACUGGGCCGAUAGCGGACAUAUAACGAAAGAUGAAGCUGAAGUUGGGACUAUUGUUUGGUGGGGAUGCUAUGUUCUAGAUAAAUUGUUUAAUAUUGGGCUUGGUCGACCAUCCACUAUCCAAGAACACGAAAUAUCCGCCGUUCUGCCUUCCUUUGAGCAUAGUGCAGAGUAUGAGUCCUGGAAUUCAAAAUCUCCACUUGGUGAACCCAUUGUCUUCCCCCGAAGUCAUCAAGUCUCCAAUGUGUGCGCUACAGUCCAGCUAUUCAGGGUCACAUCAUCAGCACUAGAUGAGAUAUAUAGGCCUGGCAGCCAACAUGCCAAGUCUCGAAUCAUGGAGCUCGUUACCAAAACACAUGUCAAUAUCAUCGAGUUUCAAAUAAACCUUCCAAGCUGUCUUCGUCUUCUUUCACCGUCGCCACUCGCAACCACACUACCUCACAUCUACUUGCUUCACCUCCAGAUUCAUGUUGCUGUAAUCUUACUGCAUCGACCGUUUGUUGGAGUGCAGCGAAGGACAUUGGACCCUGGCAGCUUUCAUCCCAGCACCGGAUCAAGUCAUCUUAAGGAGUGCAGUCAGUCCUCACAUUCCAUCAGUAACAUUUUCAAGCUCUACAGUAAACAUUAUACUUUACGACGAAUACCAAUCUCAGCCAUCCACUGUGCUUUCACGGCAUCAAUAAUUCUUCUCCUCGAAGCAACCUCCACAGAUUCCAAGGACCGUGACAGUGCUAUAGCUUCACUCAAAGUGUUGGCUGAAGCGCUCACUGACAUGAGUACUGCUUGGGCCUGGAGCCAACGUGCGCUCCUUGCAAUUCGCCAAUUGGCGCGGGAAUGGUCCGUAAGUGAAGAUGCAUUUGGUGCACUUGGGAUCAUUAAAUCAGAAUGUGGGAAAGCGACUGGAGAUGCUAUCAUUGGCACAACACAAGCACUUGAUGGGGAUGAUUCUAGCAGUUCCCUCUGGGUAGCAGAAGGCGCUUAUUGCUUUGACAUGGACAUUCCUUUCAUGACUAGGGAAGGCUUGAACUAUCAGGGAUGGAUUGGUACACUAUUUACAGAACCGGGGCUUCCGCAAGACGCUACUUGAGCAAAGGAACUAGAAGAUAAACUAAGUUCUGUG